AUGAUUAUCCUGACGUCACUUCUUAUCGGGCUGCUGUACACUAAUCCGGCGGCUUUUUUCGCACUAGUCGCCGUCCUCUAUCUGCUGUGGGAGUGGCUCAGGUACAAUUUCAGGUAUUGGCAGCGGGAAGCCGUUCCCGGGCCGAAACCGUCGCUUCUGUUCGGAAAUAUCGGGGCCAGUCUGGCGAUGAAGAAGCAUAUCGCCGAAGUGGUCGAUGAAUGGUACAAAGCAUUUCCCAACGAACCGAUCGUCGGGUAUUACAAAGUUUUUAAGCCAGCGGUGCUGAUUCGAGACCCGGAGUUGAUUAAAACUGUCCUGGUGAAAGAUCAAGCAAGCUUUUCGGCUUUUGAUUUUACCUUCAAUGAGAAGUGUAAUCCACUUUUGAGGGACAAUCCUUUCCUGAUCGACGGUGAGCGAUGGAGGAAAGCGCGACAGGUGUUGACACCAUUGUACACAGGGAAUAAAAUGAAGCAACUUUUCCCAGGUCUGGACCAAUGUUCCAGACAAUUUGUAGAAUACAUCGGUCAACGGUUAGGCGACGACUUGGAAGCUAAGUCGAUUUCAGCUUCGUACACGACACAAAAUGUUGUCGGUUGUGCAUUCAGCUUGGAUGCCGAAUGCUUCGAGAAUUCGGACAGCGAGUGGAGAGCGAUGGGGAAGAAAAUCUUUCAGCCAACUCUGUUUGCCGGCAUCACAAUGCUGGUCACACUGUUUGUACCAUUUAUUGCAAAAUAUUUACCCAUAAGAUUAAUCCCAAAAGAAGUGGACGUUUGGUUUCGUAAAACAAUCACCCACAUACUGGAGGAACGUAGAAGAAAGUCUGCACCGCGAGAAGACCAACUUCAAACACUUUUGAAUCCUAAGGCGCAGAAUUUGUCAGCAGAGCAAAUUACCGGACAUGCUUUGACGUUCUUCACGGAAGGUUAUGAGACUUCCAGCACGGCGCUGUCGUUCGCAUUGUAUCACGUGGCUAACAAUCCUGAAGUUCAGGAGAAACUUUACCGGGAAAUUUCGCGUACCUUGGCUGAAAACGGCAACGAACUAACCUACGAUGUUAUGCAAAGCAUUGAGUAUCUGGAUUGGAUUUUACAAGAAACGCUGCGGAUUAACCCACCUGCUGCAGUACUGACGAAGAGAACAACUAAAACCUAUUUGUUAAAACGUGAGGUCAACGAUAAUAUGGUGGGGACCUUGAUUCCUGAGGGUACCCCGGUAACAGUACCAAUCACAGCCAUCCAUAUGGACCCCAAAUAUCAUCCGGAACCGGAACGGUUUCGCCCGGAACGUUUUAGUCCGGCGGAGAAAGCGGAUCGAACGCAACUGGUGUAUUUUCCCUUCGGUGAAGGACCUCGGAUGUGUUUGGGAAUGAGAUUCGCCCAGACUCAGAUCAAGUGCGCUCUCGUGCGGCUGGUUCAGUGCUAUCGGAUUCGAGUUUCGCCCAACCACAAACCGUUCCAGAUCGAUCGGAGAGCUUUUCUGGUACAGGCCCGCGAUGGAUUGUUGCUGAAUUUUGAAAAGCGAUGA